CAAAGUCGUGGGUGCCAGGCGACGACUACCAGUCAACCCCAAAACUCCUUCGGCUGCGAAUCACACGUGAGCAGAGGAACGAACAGUUAUCGCGUACUCUCGCGGCGAGGACAACUGACUACUCGGUAUCCGAUCACACACCCCCUCCAAGGUGCCAACAACAACUUGUCCCGUCGCAUUUCCAGCAACAGACUCACUCGUCGAUGUUCAAUAUGAGGACGAGAUACGGCCUGCUAACGUCCAGCGUCGCUUUCGUUUGCGUCGUCGGUGUCGUCGGGAGAUCAGCUGCGGCGAUGGAGGAGACACCAGCAUCGUCGUUGAAUCUUCAACACUACAACUCCCUCGACUCGAUUGGCUUCGACGAUACUCUGCCUGAGAAAAGAGCGUACACUUACGUUUCUGAAUACAAAAGGCUACCUGUAUACAAUUUCGGCAUUGGGAAACGUUGGGUGGACAACAAUGACGACAAGAGGGGUCGUCAAUACUCGUUUGGCUUAGGAAAACGCACGAAACAGUACAGUUUCGGGCUGGGCAAGCGAAACGACAACGUGGACUAUCCACUCAGGAUGAACCUGGACUAUGUGCCGAUCGGUGGAUUGGGUUUCCAUUCUCAGGAGCUCCAGGACGACCAGUUGGAAGAGAAACGUGGCAUGCAGCCGUACAGCUUCGGUCUGGGACUGGGGAAGAGGAUGUCUGGGGACGAGGAGGACACGUUGGAAUAAAGGAAACCUCUGGUCGAGGAAGCUCCGUCGGCGGAGGUUCGUUCGAGCGGGACCAUGGCGAUGUUUUAGCCCCGCGUUGAACGACGUAGCUUUAUUUCGAUGUCACGGAGUUCUGUUGUCAGAUGAAAUAUAACGAUUGACGCAACCAAAUAAAGACACGUUUUCAAAUUUCAA